CAGGAAACUUUAAUGCAGAACUCAACCAUACAUACCAAAUGAAAGUUGUGAACGCAAUACACCCAAGUGAACCAGCCCGGGAAUCAACUUGGCUCUACCAAGCAGAAAAUUUCAUUAAAAAUACAUACCCUGAUUGGGAAAGUGAUUCAAUGAUUCGCCUUGUACCACCAGUUGAGGACAAGGACGAAUGGAUCAGGACAGCCAAAUCUCCUGGAGCAAAAUCUGAGAGGGUUCUUAUUCUUAGCUUAUAUACAUACGUCGCCCCUGUGUAUGCAACGCCGGCUUACACAGCCCGACUGACAGCACAGAGGUUAAACUUCCUGACCGAGGACAAGCUGGACAUUUUGGUGAAUUGUCCGAGGAAGUUCGUGUUCAAAGGAGCAGCUGGGACGGGGAAGACCUGGUUGCUUCAGGAGAAGAUCCGGAACAUAAUUAUGUCUUGGUUUUCCCAGGGGUCUAUCCAGGACAAAGACGAAAAGAUCCUCUUCCUAUGUAAAAGUCCCUAUCCUGCCGAGAAUUUGGAACAUACCAUAUCUGACCUCCUACUCACGUCCGCCAUGGCUGUUCUAAAGAAAUGGAUAGACAGGACAGGGGAAAACGAAGAGAGGAAGAGCGUGCAGCGCAUUCUGGAAAACAAUUUCUUCAUUUGCUGCUUAUAUCCUUUACAGGCAAGACAUCGACUGGAGGUUCCUGAUUGUAAAUGGGGAAAGGGAAAAUAUGAGUCGGCACCCAGAGCGGUUAAGGCAAAAGAAAGUGAUGAACCACGUGGAGUAAAUCUAAGAAGAAGGAUGAGGAAUGUAAGUUGGGAAAUAGUUCUAUGCUAUGAGUUACUUCGCAUUUCCGUGGCAGCCCUCCAACCGGAGGAAAAGGGACGAUGGGCACUAAUAAUUUGGAUUAUCGAGCGCCUUUUCCAGUCCUUCUCUCCGUCAGCUGAUGCCUUGAAGUUUAUGGGCGGAAGCAUUGCAUUAAUGGAUUUGAAGGAAAACAAGAAGUUCCUCGCCCUAAAAGACAAAUGGCCUGCCAUUUACAGUUCAAUGAGUGGAAUCAGUGACCAUGAACCAAUUCAGUACCAUGAACGGUUGACAGAACUGCCUCCUAAAAUCCAGCAUACUGUUCUUGGGGAUUUAUAUAAGAUCCUGAAGACCAAAAUGCUGACCAAAAUGACUUUUCAUCAUAUAUUCGUGGACGAAGCAGAAGACUUGUGUUCUUAUUACGAUGACCACUGGUCGACCUUAUUCAGUUCUGUCGUCAAGGGAAGUGGAGGAUACUUCUGGCAGGCCUACGAUCCCAUUCCUUUGCGAAAGUUGCCUGAUACCUGA